AUGUCGACUUCGCGGAUUGCUAUGGUUGACUUCGUUGUCGGGACUGGAUGGAGGGAGCGGGAAAUAGCAGAUGGAGGGAGCGGGAACAAGAACAAUGUUCAUGAACCCAAAGUGCCAAUGCUUGAGAAUUUGAAUGAGAAAAUGUUGAAUGUGAUUUGUGAGCAUCUAAAGCCAGUCAUUUACAUAGAAGACAAGUACAUUAUUAAAGAGGGGAAACCACUUGGGAUGACACUCUUCAUCACGCAAGGCAUCGCAUGGACUUACACAGUUAGUAAUAACGUUGGUGCAGAAACAAGCUAUGGUUCUUCAAGCAAUAAAUGGUUAAAGCGAGGUGAUUAUUAUGGAGAAGAGCUUUUGAAGUGGGCAUUCAAAUGUCCCUCUUAUUCUGACUUACCCAUCUCAACUAGAACUGUUAUGUCCCAAGAAAAGGUCGAAGCAUUUGCUCUUAGGGCUAGCGACCUAAAAAGCAUUGUGUCAAACUAUUGGUGGCAUUUUACUAGGGAGGUACCUCAAGUAGAGCUCGAGCAGUGGGAGAAUUCAGCAGCUUCUUCGAUACAAGCAGCCUGGCGCAGCCGUCUGGCAAGAGCUAGGCACUCAAAUGGUUGGGACAAAUUUACAGUAUAG